GGAAACAGAGCCAUCAAUCAUCUGUCUUUAUAUAGAAGGCAUAGAUAACCUUUAGUUCACUAUCUGAAGUCUCACAAACAGACUAACUUCAAAAUCUUCCAUUCCAUGGCUGGAAUCUCUCCCAUCUCCGCCACCCACUUCUUCUUUCUCUCUUUCCUUCUCUCCUCCGUCGUAGCUUUGGCUAUAGCCGAAGAUGAACCUUCCUUUGCAAGAACAGUUGAGAGAAAACGUUUGGGUCUUAGAAAAGAGAAGCUCAGCCACUUCCGUCUCUACUGGCACGACGUUCUAAGUGGAAAAUACCCAACCUCAAUCCAAAUCGUUCCCCCCGUUUCGAACACUUCAAUGACCGGAUUCGGUUUGGUUAACAUGAUCGACAACCCGUUAACAGAAACUCCAGAUCCCAAAUCCAAACUUUGGGGAAGAGCACAGGGAUUGUACGCGUCGGCUUCGCAAGACAAGUUUGGGUUGUUAAUGGCGAUGAAUUUCGCGUUUGUGAGUGGGAAAUACAACGGAAGCUCCCUCACCAUAUUUGGAAGAAACCCAUUUAUGGAGAAAGUGAGAGAGAUGCCUGUGAUCGGUGGAAGUGGGCUGUUCAGAUUUGCGAGAGGGUAUGCAGAAGCUUCAACCAAGAAGGUUGAUUUCAAAACAGGGGAUGCUGUUGUUGAAUAUAACAUUUACGUACUUCACUACUGAAUUCCGCUUCGUUCUCUCUGUUUCUGUGUUUCGUUUCUUUGAGGAACUUUCAAUAAUUUAAAAUGUUCAUUGUUUGAUUUAAAA